AUUUGCUAUUGCUGAACCUUUUCAAUUGGAUCUUUUCAGUCAUUCAGGACCUCUUUUUACCCUCUUUCGGGGUUUGUAAGAAAAUUAAAAAUACCCCUUGGCUCGGUCAUUUCUGGAUGAGAAACGGGACGACAGUGAUGAGCGCGAGCAGGUUGCUGAGAACUGAGGCUUUGUCUUGGCUGACGGCUGUAGGAAACUUGUCCGAGGGUGAGUCCCACACCUUGGUCCUGCAGCCUCUCUGGGACUACCUCCACCAGAACCACCACGACCUGCUCAGGAGCCCUCUCUUCCCCGUGGUCCUCUCCGUCUCCACCUACUUCGUCCUGGUUGGUAUUUACACUGUGUUGGACCUGCUGGCUCCCACCUGGCCCUCCGUCAACCGCUACCGGCUGCAUCCGGACAAACCCAUCACCUGGCCUAACAUCUGGACCACCCUGGGCGUCACCGUCCACAACCACCUGUUCUUCAUCUUCCCCGCAGCGAUUGCGCAGUGGCUGUGGAGGCCGCCGACCCCGUUGCCUCCAGAGGCCCCCUCCCUCUUGAGCUUCUUUCUCGGCAUCCUGGGCUGCAUGAUCGUCUUUGAUUUCCAGUACUACCUGUGGCACCUCCUGCACCACCGGGUCCCCUGGCUGUACCGCACCUUCCACGCCAUCCACCACCAGUACAACCAGCCCUUCAGCCUGGUCACCCAGUACCUCUCUGGCUGGGAGCUGUUCAGCGUGGGAUUCUGGGCGACGGUGGACCCCAUCCUGCUGAGGUGCCACUGCCUCACCACGUGGAGCUUCAUGGUCUUCAACGUUUACGUCUCCACUGAGGACCACUGCGGCUACGACUUCCCCUGGGCCAUGCACAACCUGGUGCCCUUUGGCCUUUGGGGCGGGGCCCCCAAGCAUGACGCUCAUCACCAGCGACCGGCGACCAACUUUGCCCCGUUUUUCUCCCACUGGGACUGGCUCGGGGGAACCAACACGGCGCCAACUGCCUCUGGCCAAUCUGCCUCAGAAGAGCCAGAAGACAUGAAAGAGAAAAAGGACUAACAGACUCUCACUGACUCAAACUCUUUUGGACCUUCUCACAUUUCUUCACUCUUGUUUUUUUUUUUCUAUCUACACUUUUGCACCUUGUCCCAGUUUUUGUCAUCUUUCUUUGAUCUUCUGUGUUUUUUCACUAACUGAAUUUGUUGGAAAUCUCUGUUGCACUUAAACUGUUUGCUAAAAAUGUAAAGAGAUUGUUUCUGUCUGCAUUAAUGGAAAGGGAUGGCAUAUAUUACUCCUACUUGCCUUAUCAAUUAGUAGGAAGUGGGACAUUGAUCAGCAUAUUAGAUGUGUGUUAAUGAUUUUGAUGACUGAUUUGACACAAUGUAAUGUUUAUUUCCUGUUUCACAGUUGGUGACUGUAUGAUGUUGUUGUGACGGGAAGCACUUUGAACUGCCUUGUUUCUGAAAUGUGCUCAAAGAAAUAAACUCAUUUUCAA